GACAACUGCACGUCGGUCAUCAUCAUUCUUAUUGAACUGGCAAUCGAUCGCAAACGGUAACAGUGGUUAGUUAUCCUUUUGCAUAGUUUUGCGGCGUUGUCAGAUUUAUUUUAGUUUAAAGUCGUUUUUCUCCAAAAAAAUGCCGUUUUGAACCCCAUGUUAUACGAAACUUUUUGCUUCUUUUAACAUCCUCUAUCACCCAUUUAAAUAAUGACUAUCAUAACGUUUACACCCUAUAUGUCAUUGUACUGAAGAAAUUGACAGUAAAGAAGGUCUAUAAAUACAUGUGGACAGACAAGCAUGGGGGAUUACCGGCAUGUAAACCACAAGAAAAGUUUCAGAUGAUAUAUAAAAGAUUCUGGUGACAACUAUAGGCUUGAAUAAGAUAAGCCUUCGAAAGGAAAAUCAAGAAAUCUGUAUACAAACAUAUCAAAAAUAAAAUUGGCAAGUGAAGUAAGUAAUCUUUAUUUCAAGUUACUUAGUCUGCGUGCUAGUUUAGCUAAGUGAAGUUGAAGUUUUCGUAUUCUACGGGUAACAAAAUGUACUUACGUAAAUUAUCUUGAAAAAAAUAUAUCUAAACUUGAGAGAAAAUCCAGUCGCUGAUGCUAAGCCAGUCUGUAUUCUAAUUCUCCAAACACGUUUCCCUACAUUAAAUAGUUUCUAGUUAUGCAAAAAUCUUAGAAACCUGUUGUGUAAGCCAAAGCAGUGAAUGGAAUACAGACAAUGCCACGAUACAUUUUGUGAUAUUGUAUAGGCAUAGCGAUCUUUAUAUUUGUUGACAUUCUCAUUGUUAAUAUAUCCUAAUAUGUAUAAAAUUCAUAUAUCACACAAAAUGGUAUGCUACGAAACUGGUGAGCUGAAUAUCAAUUCAGAUUUUUACCUGCAAGAUGUUUCUUUCUCUCUGCCCUCUCUGUUCCUUAGUUUCCUAUUAUUUUUUUCCAUUAAUUAACAUAUUCUACCUAAAGAUAGUCAAUCUAAUAAUCCUAGAUAUCUUCUCGCGUCCAAAAAAUUACCCGACAUGAAAUGACGUAUCGUAGCGUCAUCUAUAAUUUGAAUUAGAAAUCUACUUUGAUAAGGUUAGCGUCUCAUAGAAGGCCCUUUAGCUAACUAUAAAUAAAUAUAUAGCUACAGCGCCAUCUAUGAGACACUGACCUUCUCAAAGUGGAUUUCUAAUUAUUGCGGAUAGGAGAAACGUAUCUCUGAGAAAUUCCCAUAGAUGACGCUAUGGUAUCUCAUUUCAUCUCUGAAAGUUUUUCGGACGGGUAAGUAUAGUAUUAGGUUGGCUAUCUUCAAGUAGAAUACGCUAAUCAAUGGUCGAAUAUCUUUAACCUACUAGAAACUCUAAACAUACCUGUAUACCUAUUCGCUGGCUGCAAAUUGAGGGUGUGGGGGAGACUGAAUCUACACUGAUAUUGGAAUGAAGGUGUGGUCUCUUGGUGGCUAAAGUGCAAAUAUUUCGUCGUCAGAUCAAAAGAAAAUUAUCAAUUUGGAAUUGAAAUUGUUGGAGAUAGGAGGUUAAACUGCGUAAGGGAUACAUGUAUUCAUAUGAAUCAAAUCCUGUCACCAAGGGUGGUGUCGCUCUCGCUCGGAAUGUGUCAACACAGCAUGCCACUACCUUGAUGUGCAUUUUACCUACGUUUUGUCAUGCUUUGUAGGUUUAUUACUUCGCAGUUUAUUAAUAUUAUCCAAUAUGGAUCGUCAAAAUUGAAGUUGCUUGACGGCAGGGAGAGAUGUCCGAAACGCAUAACCUGUAAUUCGUUUUCUGCUCAGUAUACCAGCGAGAGAUGCCCUAUUCGCAGCACCUGAAAUUUUUUUGCUAAGCAGUAUACCAACUCACUUCAUCGGCGACGUUUUUAUCUUCACUCCCACUCCACGAGUUUAACCCUCUAUCUCUAGUCUUCAUAAUUAAUAUCCAGAAGCACAAAUAUUUGUCUAAUAUCCGCAAGAUUUUAGAUGCUGUAAACAUUAAGCUCACGAUUUUGGUGACACACUGUAUAAAAAUAAAUGUAGCGUAUAUUUCUAAUAAAUGUCAAAAAUGUGUAGCUAACGCAAUAAUGUGUAUAAAAGUAUUUCUGUUGAUAUUUCGAGAAAUUAUUUUACUGCUUAAAUGUAGCAUUUAAGAGUUUUUGUGACCUUCCAGAACUAUGGGUGCUUUAUUAUACUAUAUAUGCGUUAUGAAAGGUAUAUUGAAGUUAUUUGCUGAAGUAUAUAAUAUGUAUAUAAAUGUGUAGUCGAUAAUAAAUCCUAACAAUCCAUAUAAUAUUUUUAGCCACAGUUCGUUGCAUGUACAAAAAAUCAAAAACGGCUUCCAGAAGAAAUGUUGCCCCAUAACCAGAAGAUUCGUUAUAUCUAUCUUUUAGUUAACAUAACAACGUUCUGAUAGACCUUGUAACCAGUUCACAAGCUAACGCACUAUAGUGAAGACUAUUCGUUAAACGUUCAACGAAUAUUUUGUUAAAAUGAAGUGUUUUUUGAAAUACAGCAAGUACUGUGACUUUCCCAUUCAAAAUCUGCCUUACGGAGUGUUUUCUACAAAGGAACAGCAAACGCCAAGGAUAGGGGUAGCGAUAGCAGAUUCUAUUUUGGACUUGUAUGAAAUAGCACAUCUAUUCAAUGGCCCCUACAUGAAACAGCAUCAACAUGUUUUCAAAGAGAGUACCCUUAAUGCUUUCAUGGCUUUGACACCAGACCAUUGGAAGGAAGCUAGAAGUACAAUACAAAGCUUACUCUCCGUAGAAAAUCCAACACUGCAGAAUGAUAAGGCUUUAUUGUCCAGGGCUCUGGUACCCCAAGUAGAGGCCACUAUGCAUCUUCCUGCCAAAAUUGGUGACUACACGGAUUUCUAUUCGUCAAUACACCACGCAACAAAUGUUGGAAUUAUGUUCAGGAGCAAAGAAAACGCUCUGAUGCCUAACUGGAAAUAUCUGCCUGUUGGGUAUCAUGGGAGGGCCAGUUCCGUAGUGGUAUCAGGAACAAGUAUUCACAGACCACAUGGGCAGACCUUGGUCGUGGAUGAUGCUCCUCCGGUAUUCGGACCUUGUAGACUGAUGGAUUUUGAACUGGAGAUGGCUUUCUUUGUAGGAGGAUCUAACAGGCUUGGUGAACCCAUAAGCAUAGAUAAGGCACAAGAUCACGUGUUUGGGUUCGUAAUUAUGAACGACUGGAGUGCGAGAGACAUCCAGAAAUGGGAAUACAUACCUCUUGGACCAUUUACCGCCAAGAAUCUGGGUACCUCGAUAUCUCCAUGGGUUGUGACCACGCUGGCAUUGGAACCGUUUUUGGUAGACAAUUAUCCUCAGGAUCCGGAACCUUUCCCAUAUCUGAAGCACUCGGAUCGUUUCAACUUUGAUAUCAAAUUGCAAGUGGACUUAACCCCUCAAGGAAGCAAUGUAUCAACAACAGUAUGCCGCUCGAAUUACAAAUAUUUGUACUGGACAGCAAAACAGCAGCUUGCACAUCACACCGUUACUGGAUGCAAUGUGAAUCCUGGAGAUCUCAUGGGAAGUGGAACCAUUAGUGGUGAUACCUCGGACUCAUUUGGUUCAAUGUUGGAGCUUUGUUGGAAAGGAACCAAGCCCGUAUCGCUCCUGGAUGGUAGCCAACGAAAGUUCCUGCAAGAUGGAGAUACUGUGACAAUGAAAGCUUUUUGUGAAGGCGAUGGAUAUGUCUUGGGAUUUGGAACCUGUACUGGGACCUUGCUUCCUGUCAAGCCAUAGAAAUAAUGUAUUAUAACAAUACUCAAUAAAUGUGGAUGAUUCUUGUUUUGAUUUGUCUUUUGACGUUGAUU